CACGCAUCGAAGGCACUCUCAACUGUUGACCUCCGUAACGUUUCCUAGUGCUAGUGUUGUGUUUAUUAGUUCCAUGACGAUAAAGAGUCGUCAAGAAGCACGUUAACACAUCUCUAAAGGUCAUACGCGUAAGCUGAUGUCAUGAGAACAACGUGUCUUGUGAUUUUAACUAAGUGAUAAUGUGAUUGUAUUCUUUGCCGUUUAAACUUGUGCGUGUGUUGUGAAAUGAAGAGUGAAGUAUCGUGACUCUGGUUAGCACGUGGAAAUGAAAAGAGAAAAGUACAAGAAAUCUUUUUUAGGAUUCCGGCUGGGUGAGCGAUGAAGGGGUGGUUUGACGCGUUCCGCGAGGAAGGCGGGCCGACCCUGUACGCUUAUCACAACCGCACAGCCGUCGCAGCCGACAUACCGGCGCUCGCGUUGCUUGUUGCCGCACUCACACUUUACCUCGCAUUUCUGGCGGUUUUUCCCGGCAUCAGGAAGGAGAGAUUUUCGACAUUUACGAUCGUCACCCUUAGUUUAUUUGUUGGGACUGUAAUUUUAGUAUGUAAGCAUGGAUCGUCGUGGCAUACAGCAGGAUCGAGGGUAUCUCGCGCCGCAUACAAAGCCUUCUCCGCUGAGCGACUAGACUGCUGGCUCGCCGUGCACGUCGGCUUGGGUCAUGUCAAUGUUACGCUCACUGCAUUAUCGUGGGGCAACGUAUCUAGAGGUGACCCUGGCGUGGACUACAAUGAGCAGUUUCGAUGGGAGGAAUCUGGGGCCAUACAAGAAUGGUAUCGCGCCGGACUUUUACGAGGUCUACCAUAUCCCGUAUUGUCUGUCGCAGAACACUUCGCAGCGGAGCACGAAGGCUUUGAUUGGGGAGCUAAGUAUCGUGCAGCUGGAUACACAACAACAACAUUGCUAUGGACGGCGUUGGCACUAUGGCUGCUGAUGAACCUUUUAUUGGUCGUGGUUCCACGUUACGGAGCAUAUGCUAUGGCUUCGCUUGGUGUUACGCUUUGUGCAGCGGCGGGAGGUUACUGGGCCUCACUACCAAAUGUACCCCUAGUAGUAAGAAUUGAUGGAGCCAUGCUGUUUUUUUCCUUAGGCUGGUGUUUCUGGCUAGUCUUAACUGCAGGUGGUAUUUGUAUAGUUGUGGGACUAUUAAUAGCUGCUUUGGACCUGGUGUGGCCACAUCGGUUCUCCACUGUUUUGGAAGUUGACUACGAUACGCCAUAUGACAGACACGUGCUCAUCGUUGACAGUCGACAGCGAGCGCGACCACAAACCCAGAGCUCAUUGCCUUCUAGAAUACUCAGAAGACUGUCAUCAAAAACUCGGGAUCCAGAACGCCAGGUAUCGAUGUCCAUAGUUAAUGAGAGUGGAGGUCGAGAUAAUCCGGCCUUCCAGCAUGAACAGCGAAAGCCUAAUUCACCGUGGAGGUACCCGCUGUUUAGGCGACAAAUAGAUCGUGUCGAUUCCGCAUCGAGUCUCGGUUCAAGCAUAAAUGGUAACGGUUCCAGUAUCAAAAUGUCACCUCUAGGAAGUAGUCCGCCAUCAAAUUCAAUUUCAAUGUCACCACAGAGGUAUCGACCCCAAAUACCAGCUAAGGAACGUGUCAAAGACAUGUGGUGAGCGACGAAAUAUUUAUAUAUUUAUUAGUAUUUUAUCAAUUGAAGUGCUAUCAAAUGUUACCUUCUUCACAUACAGAGAGGAAUGUGAAAAAAAAUAAUCGCAAGCGUAUUGUGUUGGAAUAAUAGUAUUAUUUUGAUUAUAAAAAUAAGAUAAAGCAUAAGUACUUACCUAUAUAAGGGACGUGUAAAUAUGUACCUACGUUAGUAUUAAGCAAAUUAAAUUAUAAGCAAGCUGUUCCAUCCAGUGUCAUGGUAAAAUUAAUGUCUAAGAUCUUGUACCUCGUUUCAUUAUUUUUGUAUAGUUUUAUAGAUUUAAGUCUACGAUUAUAUCGACACAAGUGAAUGCUUUGUGCCAUUUGUAAAUAUAACGAUGACGUUAAAAAUCACAACUAGUAUGAAAAUAUAAUAAAUUUCAGUUAUAGUUUACAUUAAUAUGUUAUAAAUAAGAUCAUUAUUUUUAAGUAUACAAACAAAUACGAAAGAGUUUAUAACUCACGUUUCAAAAUUGAACUAAAUGUAAAUUUAUUAACACAAUUUGUUUCAAAAUGUAUUGAACACGAGCAUAAAAAAUAGAAAUAUUAGUUUUAAAGGACUUAUGUAAAGUACGUGUAGAAAUUCGUUCAUUUAUUUAAAUAAAUUUUGUAAAACAAAUUGACCGAUAUAUGUAAGUAACAUCGACAGCCAGACAGUACCUUUCGAAUGUCACUGCUUUUAUAAAUACAAUACUUAAAGAAUCUACAAUUUUUGAUGUUCAUAUAUUAAUUUAAAAAUGUAGACAGUGAUUUUUUUCUAAAUUACGAGCAAAAAUAUAGUCUGUACGUUUAUUUGCGUGGAAAGGAGUCAUUUAGUGAUAUUAUUAAUUAUAAGUUAUUUAUUUUGUAAUAGUUGCCAAACACAGUAGCCAGCAUUUUCUCUUAUAUUCCACAAUCGAAAAAUUCACAUUAACGAUAUUUCUUUCAUUAUACUUUUUCAAUGUUGUGAAAAUGUGUUUGCAAUAGUGAUGACGUAUUUAAACAUUUUGUUUUGUAAUUAGCUGUAAAAAGUGCGAAUACGUAGAAAAAUAUUUAUUGUGAUCAAAAAUAUACCAAUUUAAAAAUU